GGGAUAUGUUUUAUCAAAAACCAGUUGCAAUCAACUGACGAGAUUAUUCUUUCCUAAUAUCAUGCAUUUAAUAUUUAAAUAUAUAUAUAGCAAAAUUUGAGUUACCAAAAUUAUGUAUAUAUAAUAACAAGAAUACCUUUAAAAAUUUAUUAGAAGAUAUUCUAUCUCAUAGCUGAAAUAAAAUUUAUUAGAUGAUAUUAUAUCUCAUAGCUUCUCUUGAAAACUUAGGCCAUUUAGAAACUUAAACUAAUUUGCUAUAUAAAUAUUACGCCACUCCCAUUAGUUUCACGCAUCUAUAUUUUAAGUUUUCAUAUGUUUUUGAUCGUUCUAAUUUAAAUUUUACUUUUGUGAUCUUGCGCAGGUGUAUGAUAAUCAAUAAGUAACUCAUAGACGGAAACACCAUUACUGAUAAUUUUAUGGGAGAUUCUUCUUCUCCAUUUAUUUUUGUUAUCUUCCUUUCCAUGUUGUAUCUCUAUUUUAUGGGGGAAUAAUUUGUUGCUGCAUAUAUAUGCCAAAUGUUGUAUAUGCGCACAUGAGAUAGCUAGAAUUAAUAUAUCUUGCCCAAUGUAUUAAUCACUUUUUCCUGCAAAUUAUUAUAUAAUAUAAGUAUUCAUGAUUUUCUUAUCUCUAAGUAUGAAAAAUGGUUUUUGAUGUAAAUAUAAUUAAGGAAAAUAUGAAGUUGCAUUACAUACAUUGGGAUAUGUAUGAAGUAUGAUGGACUUUAAAAGAUUGCGAUGUAUCUUGCAUAUCAGAAUUUGGACAAAAGGCCACUGGUGUAUGUAACUUAUAGAAAAAUCGUGGACGGUGUUUGCUCGCAGCCUCUCAGCCUCUCACCUCUGUCCAGCUGAUAGAGUUCAUACGUCUUUCAUGGGAAAAAGCUCAAUUUCGAAAGCUAAGGUUAUAAUCCUCAAGAUAUAUUGUAUUGGUUUUUCGUUUCUUGUAAUAAUAUGUUGUCAAAAUAUUUGUAACGACCCGAAUUUCGAUCUCGGAACUCGUUAGCCGGCUAAGGCCCAAGCAAUACAUCAAGACUAAAAUGUUUGUUUAUAAAUACCUCAUUUUUCACAUUGUUUUCUCCACCUGCAUCAAAAAGAAAUCAGAAAAGUUAGAGAGAAGAAGAAGUGAAAGAGAGAGAGAGUGAGAGAAAGAAAGAUAGGAACCACUGCAUGCUGCCACCAGGAGUCCUCGCCGGAGCCACCGCACGCCAGGACAUCGUCAAGCUCGUCAUCACCAUCAACCGCAGCUGAGUAUCGUCGGAAACCGCCGCCUCUUAAGCUUUGUUUUCGUCCGUUCAGUAUAUCGGCCAUAUCUUCUUAACCGUUGAGAAUCUCGCGCAUGCAGAGCCACCAUCGUGUUCCUCUCGUCGAGACGAAGCCGUAGCCACCGACAACGCCGCAAUCGGAGUCCGGACGAAGCCGCUAGAGCUUCCGGAAGUUUCGCCUCUGUGCGCGCGUGAGUUACACGCGCCGCCGCCGGAAAUCGUCUCCGCCGCCAGACCACCGCCUCACCACCACCGGAACGCCGUCGCUGUUGCCGUGCUCCGCCUUCUGUCGCCGCCGUCUUCCGCCGUCACCACCGAUUUGGAGUCUAUUUGAGCAUCUGGAGUUCAUAGAUACCACAUUUCCCUAUUGCUAAGAUGCCGCCAAGGAGAAGAACCACCCGUGCCCAGACCACCAGAGCUGUUAGAGACGAUGUAGAUGAGCAUGAGCAGCCCGCAGUUCCGCCACCCGCGGCUCCACCAGUUGAUCAGGAUGCAUUGAGACAGAUGAUUCAGGAUGCCGCUAGACAGGCCGCUCUGGAGGCACUUCAGCAGAUUGCCCAGGAGGCAGCCAGGCAGGCCGCUCAGGAGGCUGCCCGAGUAGCUGCUCAGGAGGUUGCUCGUCAGAUGGCUGCCGUUCAACAGGGUCCUCAGGUUCAGGUGCAGCAGGGUCCACAGAUUCGGGUUCAGCAAGUUCCACCGGUUCAGGUUCAGCAGGAUCAGCAUGAUCAUGAGGAUCCCGUUCAGCAGGUUCCCCUUCCUCAGGUUCCACUGCAGCACGGACCAGCUCAGCAGUUUGCUCAUGGUGUUCAGGAUCUACCACCACCACCACCACCGCGACCUCAUGUUUACCCGGUUUAUGAUGAGAGGUUCUACAGGCUGACGCGUCAGAUGAGGAACAUGGAUAUGGAGCAUUUUAGUGGGACAGUGGAUGCUGUAGCUGCACAUGAUUGGAAGUUAGCCUUGCAGCGGAAGCUGGAGAUUAUUGAGUGUCCACCAGAGUUGUCGCUCAGAUUGACUAUGCAGUACCUUCGUGGAGAUGCUCUUAUAUGGUGGGAGGGAAUACGAUUGAGUCACCUUGGGCCAGAGAGGCUUACCUUCGCAGACUUCAUCCGAGAGUUCGAUAGGAAAUACUUUCCGAAGGAAGCUAUGGAUAGGAAGAAAUGCGAGUUCGAGCAUGUAAGCCAGGGUGAGAUGUCUAUCAGGGAGUAUGAGGUUGUGUUUAACCAACUUCGCAGAUUUGCUAGAGAGGGCAUUUUAGAGGAAGACCUGAUGAGGAAAUUUUUGAAUGGGAUGCGAGUGGAGAUUCGCAACAGGUGCUGUGUCGUCACUUAUCACAGAUUGGGAGAUUUGGUGGAGAAGGCUGCCGAGCAGGAGGCAGGUUUGGCAGAGGAGCAGAAGUACUCCAAGGCAGUUCAGCCUAAGUUUGGAGGGACUUCAGAGGCACAGCAGAGGACAUGGGACAAACCGAGCAUACAGUGCUUUUACUGUGGAAAGAUGGGACAUAAGAGUAGGGUUUGUCAGAGUAGGCUAUUUGAUGCUCAGGUUGCGCCACCAGUCAGACAGAUUGCAGCACCAGCAGCACCAGCAGCGGCACAUGUCUGCUUUGACUGUGGUCAGCCAGGUCACUUCAUCAGAGAUUGCCCGAGGAGGGGCAAUGCGGCACUUCCACCACCACCGAAGCGUCUAGCCAUCGCUCCACGUGCGUUUGCGGUUGGAGAUCCCCAUGGAGCUGAGCCGAUAGCGGGUGAGACCGACGAGCAGGAGUGAUUAUCGGACCGGUGCUAUUGGGCUUUUGGGCUUCUAUCGCUUUUAUCGUUAUCGGGCUUUUAGGCCUUUGGCUUUUAUCGUUUAUGUUAUUUCCUAUUUCAGACUUAUACCGUUAUCUAUAUUUCGGAUGUUAUUUUAUAUUAUGGAUUUCCAGCGUGGAUGUUGACUUUUAUAUUUAUAAAUAGAGAUUUCAGAAACUAUUAUUUAUCGCA